AUGGCAGACUGGGGGCCAGUGUUCAUGGCAGUGAUACUGUUCGUUCUUCUCACGCCGGGCCUCGUGUUCCAGGCCCCCGGCAAGAGCCGCUUGAUCGAGUUCGGCAACUUGCAGACCAGCGGCAUCUCCAUCGUGGUCCACUCCAUCAUCUACUUCGCUCUGGUUGCUGUCUUCCUCCUCGCCGUUCAUGUCCAUAUGUACAUUGGACACUGAUCCUGCGAUGAGAGUCCAUUGUUGCUGCUUCAUAUUUCUCUGCUCUCUAUUCCAUUUAAUAAUAUCUUUUAAUUCCUUCGUUGUUGCA